AUGGAGGAAGGAAACCGGACAUCGUUAACGUAUUUUAUCCUUGUUGGACUGACGGAGAACCCUGGAUUCCAGCCGUUUCUCUUCGCCGUCUUUUUAUGUUUCUACGUGGUCACCGUGAGCGGUAACACGUGUAUCAUUCUCGCCUAUAAUCUGUGUUCUGUUCUUCAAACCCCGAUGUACUUUUGUCUCGCCAACUUCUCCUUCUUAGAAAUAUGCUACGUGUCCGUCAUCGCUCCGAAAAUGUUAUCCAAUCUCCUAACCGACCGUAAAGCGAUCUCGUUUCGCGAGUGUUCCAUCCAGAUGUAUUGUGCGUUUCUCUUCGGCGGUGUCGAGUGUUACAUACUUGCGACCAUGGCCUACGAUCGAUACAACGCCAUAUGCCGCCCGCUCUCAUACUGCAAUAUGAUGAGCCGGAAGGUGUGCGUUCAGCUCGUCGCCGGCUCCUGGAUCAUUGGUGCGGUUAAUGCUUUAAUACACAACGUCCUAACGUUCACUCUACCCUUCUGCGGGUCUAACAGAAUCGAUCAUUUCUUUUGUGACGUCCCACCGAUACUGGAGCUGGCGUGCGCGGACACCCGGAUCAACGAGAUCGUCCUAUUCGCUGUAGCCGGCUGCGUUAUAAUUGGAUCGUUUCUAUUAACGAUGAUCUCUUACGUUAAAAUCGUCUCCACCGUUUUCAGUGUGAAUUCCGGUUCUGGAAGGAAGAAAGCCUUUUCCACCUGCACCUCUCACUUCACGGUUGUUUCAAUUUUCUACGGCUCGGGGAUUUUUAUGUAUUUCAGACCCAAAUCUAGUUAUUCCAUGCAUAAGGACAGCCUGGCCUCUCUGUUGUACGCGGUCAUCGCCCCCCUGUUAAAUCCUUUCAUAUACAGUUUAAGGAACAAUGAUGUAAAAGUAGCUCUCGUAAAAAUAACACGUGGCUUAAAAAAAUUCUAG